GCCAACAUUUAAUUAGUUGCUACAAUAAAUUUUGAGUUAACCUAGUUUUAGGACGUAGUUGUUUUCUCCUGUGACGUUUUCAGAGUUGUUACUCAGAAGGAUGCUAACACAAGAUGACUUUGGUUUUAACCCUUCCUUGCUGUCAUUUAGAAUGUAAACAAACCUGUGUCAGCAAGUCUGCCAAUGUGCUUGUCUUCGUCGAUGACUAUUUACCUCAACAACAGCAAUACCAACAGAAUCUGGACAUUGCUACUGAUUUUAUUAAUCGUCUUACUAGAAGCAUAGGACGUAAGCACAAAUUUAAAUUGGUGCGAAAUAAUAGUGUUCUUACCUUUCCGAAUAUUCAAAACUUUAUGGGAGCUCUUCGUAGUACUUCUUCAAGUUCUGGAUUAUCAAAUGACAGAAAUGUUUUUGAUAUUGACUUGAAAUCGGGCUCUGUGAAUAUUGCUAUGAUUAUUGGAUUGCCUUCCAAGGAGCUUUUUCAGCAACGGUCGGAUAGACUUGCAACUCCAACUUAUAUUAUAGGUAAGUGAACAUUAUUUUCGUUUGGUCUCUGAGCACUGGAAAAACAUGAUUAUUCAAAGCAACAGAUCUGUCCCCUUUUUUCUCUAGGAAUAAAAGAACUGAGAAAAGAUGUGUUGGAGCAAAUAGUCCCGUCAACCAAGAGUUUUCUUGUUCAAAACAUAAAUAU